CUCACUAUUCCUUGCAGCCAGAGAUGCGUCAUGGCUUAGAUCCCGUGACUUGCGACAAGAAAUAGUUGCAUCGAAAUUUAUGUCUUUUAUUUUUGAGGUUGUAGGUUCACUGUAUCAAAAUGUUCAGAUAAAUUGCUGAUAAGGUUGGAUUGAGGGUUUUUGACCAAAGAUGGGUGGUUUUUCAUCGUUAAAUUUGUAACUCAAAAUCCAGGUGUUGCAGAAGUAUGCAACGGAAUGAUGCGAACGAUGUGAAGCAGCGUCGUGGCAGCGGUCCGAGGGACCAGAGUGGGCAGUCACCACAACAAGAGUCCGUCCAGCACUAUGUGUUGACUGGCCAGUUACAGGCUAUUACGGGUACAGGCAGGCAGACUACACUAGGUUUGCUUCCCUCAGCAUCCCCAGGCUCGUCCUUGGGAAGCUCCAAUGUGGCAGCCCCAGUUGUUGGUUCCAGCACACCUCUCCAGCACCAGACUGUGGUUGUGUCCUCACAAGACUUGGAGCGCAUCUUCACUGGAGGUGCCCCUGGGCCCUCUGCGGUUGCAACCACCCCCGGUCUGUCUGCCCAGGCUCUGCAGAGACAACUGAGCAGUCAAGGUAUUGUUGGUGUGAUCAGCCCAGGGGUGUCCAGAACAGUAACUGGACCAUUCUCAGGUGGUGCCACCACUGCCCUGAUCAGACAGGCAGGUGCCACUCCCUCAGGACCCGAGUUGCAAAUUCCACCAACACUGACCCUGGUGACGGCGACCACACCCAGCGGGGCCCCGGGAGUGGGGACCUUGAGCGCCAGCGGAGCUACAGUGCACCAUCAUGGUCUGAGCCCUUCACGGGGGACCCCACCAACCCCUCGAGCCAACCUUCAGCAACCAUCUCAAAAUAUGAGCAUUCAACCUACCGGACAGCAACAAACUCCUAAGACUAUCGUUGCAGCGGGUGCUACAGCGCCAACGUCUGCAACAAACCUAGCCAUGGUUGGGAAAGUUCUACAAGACACAAAACCCAGCAUAACUCCUCUUGGCCUCACACACACAUUUCCCAACCUCACAGCACUAGCCAACCAAUCGGCUAUGGGGCCCUCUCCCAAAAAGAAAGUGAAGGUUGAGGAGAAAGCACCAGCUACUACAGAAAUUGCCAACAACAGGAAACUUAUUCUUGACCAGAAACACCGAGAGAUGAUAGAGAUAAAAGAGAACUACAUAGAGUACCUGACUGAGCUGUUCUUCCUCCAGAAUAGUGGGAACAUGAUGGAUUAUCACACAUGGAAAAAGCGGCCCACACCCCAGCUUGUACACUUCCUUAAAUCUGGGAACCUUGACAGUGAUGAGGAGGAUGAUCAUGGACAAGAGAGAAAGAUCAACAAUGAAGUAAAGGUGAUCACAUGCAGUGGAAGCAAUGUUCCCCUGGCAACACCAGUUGCCAUAUCAACCACGCUACCACCCUCUGUAGCUGCCCUGAAUCAGCAAGCACCAAGCCAGAGGACAGCAGCAAGUACAACCACCAACAGCACAACAACCCUAACAACAUCCACUGUGGCAACGGUGUCUAUGCCACAACUACAGAGUCAGAUGUCAAAGGCUGCGGAUACAAAGCCACCUGUCAUACACACUACACACACCACAAAGGCCACACACACUAUAUCAACAUCAAAUCAGCCACAGUCAACGAUUCGCUUGCCCAAGUCUCCCCCAACCUCUCCUGGUGGGACACCCCGUCUUCACACGCGUCAACACACAAUAUCCAACAUCUACGAUGGUUCCAUUGGCUCACAGGAGGCUAUAGUAGAGCGAGCAAAACAGGAGGCACAGGUGAUGCAGCGGGUGGCAGAACUUCGUAAGGAGGGACUUUGGUCAUCACGCCGGCUGCCGAAGGUGCAGGAGCCGCCACGAAACAAAAGCCACUGGGACUACCUAUUGGAGGAGAUGCAGUGGCUGGCAGCAGAUUUCCAGCAGGAGCGCAAAUGGAAGAAAGCUGCUGCACGAAAGGUGGCCAAGAUGGUGUCCAAGUAUUUCCAGGACCUUGAGCAGAAAGAGAUCAGAGCAGAGAAGGAAGAGGCACAGAAACUGAAGAGGAUAGCUGGACAGAUCGCAAAACAGGUCCGCGAAUUCUGGACAAAUGUAGAAAAGGUUGUGCAAUAUAAACAACAGACAAGAAAUGAAGAAAAGAGAAAGAAGGCUUUAGACCUUCACCUGAAUUUUAUUGUGGAUCAGACAGAGAAGUACUCGACCUGGUUAACAGAAGGCUUGAAAAAAGACAGAGCAGGAUCUUCUGGAGGGUCAGGUGUCACCACCCCUGAACACUCCAUAGAUGGUGGUGAUCGUGAGUUUGAACCAGAAGCUGAUGAAUCUGAUGAUGAAGAAACCAUAGAAAAAGCAGAGGCAGAUAUGGACGAGACAUCAACCCAGGCAGAGUUAGAUGCACUACAGAAGGAAGGGGAGGUUCCAUUAGAGGAACUUUUGAAGUCCCUUCCCCAGGAAGUCUUGUCGGGCACAGCUAGUCUUACUCAGGAUACUGAGGAAGAGGCUGAUGAGAAACAUGGCAAACAAGAUAAGGAUGACGAUGAGUUUGCAGCCAGUGAGGAGGAGGAAGUAGACGUGGAGGAAACUAUCGAGGAACAGGAGACACUAGACAAGAAAGUUGACUACAGCAAAGAGCUGGAAGAUCUACAGAAUGAAGGUGAUAUGGACAUGGACGAACUUUAUAAGAAGUAUGCAGGGGCAUACGACAGUGACUUUGAAAUGCCAGAGAGUGAGUCAGGCACAGAAGAUGACAGUGAUGAUGAUGAGGAUGAGGAUGACAGCGAAGAAGAAGAAGAGGAGUCGUCUGAGGGAGAGGAAGAGGAGGGGACAGAAGAGAAUACAGAUAACAAGGAGGAGGAGGUUGGACUGGACUUUCUUAUGACUUCUGAUUCUACUAGUCAGGACACACAAGCACAGGGUGAUACUGAAGAAAAAGGUCCCGGUAAGGAACUAGUAGACAUCGCAGCAGAAGCCCAGAGUUUACAGCCUAAAGGUUACACCCUUCAGACCACAGAGGUAAAAACCAAGGUGCCAUUCCUCAUCAAACACACUCUGAGAGAGUACCAGCAUGUUGGGUUAGACUGGCUGGCUACCAUGUACGAGAAGCGUCUCAACGGAAUUCUUGCUGAUGAGAUGGGUUUGGGAAAAACCAUUCAGACCAUAGCUCUUCUAGCCCACUUAGCCUGUGAUAAAGGUAUCUGGGGACCACAUUUGAUCGUCGUGCCAACCAGUGUCAUGCUCAACUGGGAGAUGGAAAUCAAAAAGUGGUGUCCAGCCUUCAAGAUUCUCACCUACUAUGGAACUCAGAAGGAGAGAAAACUUAAGAGACAGGGUUGGACCAAAACCAAUGCCUUUCAUGUGUGUAUUACCUCAUACAAACUUGUAAUCCAAGACCACCAGUCUUUCAGGAGGAAAAAGUGGAAGUACUUCAUUCUGGACGAGGCCCAGAACAUAAAAAAUUUCAAGUCCCAACGUUGGCAAACAUUGCUGAAUUUCUCCAGCCAACGCCGCCUGUUGCUGACUGGGACACCUCUCCAGAACAAUUUAAUGGAACUCUGGUCCCUGAUGCACUUCCUCAUGCCAAAUGUGUUCCAAUCACAUCGCGAGUUCAAGGAGUGGUUUGCCAACCCCCUCACUGGUAUGAUCGAGGGAAGCCAUGAAUACAACGAAAGCCUCAUCAAACGUUUACACAAGGUGCUGAGACCGUUUUUAUUGCGGAGACUAAAAGCAGAUGUGGAAAAACAGAUGCCAAAGAAAUACGAGCAUGUUGUCAUGUGUCAACUGUCCAAACGUCAACGCUUCUUGUAUGAUGACUUCAUGUCGCAGGGCAAGACAAAGGAAACGUUAGCCAGCGGUCACUUCAUGAGCGUCAUCAACAUUUUGAUGCAGCUUCGUAAAGUCUGUAACCAUCCCAGCCUGUUUGACGAGCGUCCGAUUGUAUCGCCAUUCCAAACUCAAGGAAUCAUUUUCCAUACUUGUUCUGCUGUUCUACAUAUGUUGGACUAUGACCCUUUCAAAGAUGUUGACCUGUUGAGGUACCCAGGAUUAGCCGACAUGGAGCAAGACCUACCUGCAUUUGUGGCACAUCGAGUGAAGCGUCUCCAAACAUCACGCCAACUCAUAGAGGAGAUUGAUGACCAACCUGAUCCCCCUCCCCGAAUUAAACCUGGCAAACUGAAACCUGUCAACUUCAGGAGUAUUUCUCCACUGUCGAGGAGUGUUUCACCGCUGACAAACCAGACCCCAGCCACAAGUGGUACAGAGAAAACAAAGACAGCGACAUCUGUCACUACAUCCUCAGCCACCACUACUGCAGCUGUGGGGACCACCAUUACUUCCACAACACCAACCACACUCACCGCAGCAGUUACACCUAGGACGCAGUCUUCAGUGACCAUGACAACUAGCAGUGUUACACAGCCGCUCUCGGCAGUGGCCACCUCUGUAGCAGCACCCAGUGCUAGUGUGACCAGCACACUGUCCGUCAUCAACACUAGUAGUGGUGUGAUUACACCUCAGGCAAAGGUUGGACCCAUCACCACAGCAACUGUCAGCCUGCCAUCCUCCUCCGGUCAGGUGGCCACGUCUCAACCAAUCACAGUACAGAUACAGCAGACAGAUCAAGGUGCUCGGCUCAUGAUACCAGCUGGCCAGUUGUCACAGUUACCAGCAGGUUUCAUUCAGAUAGUUCAGACUUCCAUGGGCCAACAGAUCAUUGCUUCCUCAGUGGGAACUACAGCUCAGCAGCGAGUGGGAUCUCCAUCAAUAACGGCAACCAGCAGUGUCAGUCGUGCAACCACAACAAGUAGUACAAUAGUGAACGGUCUGCCUGCUAUUACCACGAUAGCAGCUUCCACAGCCAGUACCACACUGACAACUGUAACUUCCCAGGUCAAACCUGCAAUGUCUGUACAGCUGCCAUCGGCUUCCACUGCAGCCACACUCAAACCUGUCAUGAAGGUCUCGCCCAUGGUGACUGCAACAACUUCCACCACAAAUGUGGUGAAAGCUGGUGUAUCAACCACAGUAUCCAGUGCUGAAGUCAAAUCUACAACUGGCUCUACUACCAGAUCUGCUGUCAAGAAAACUAAACAGCGUAUCAAGACCGAGCUCAUGCUUGACUCUGUGUGUGACAAAAGAGAGUGUCGUCGGCAGGAAAAGCUGGAAUACAUUGCUCGUAUAAACAAGCUACACUGUGAACGCAAACCUGUAUAUGGACAGGACCUGCGCUGUACUGUUAAUGUGAUGAGUGACACGACAAAGACAUGUGUGCGUGAUAAUACAUGGCCCUCGCUUGGACAUGUACAUUGUACAAACGUUAACUCAUGGAACAAUCCAUACCGCCCAGAGAUCUUCUGGAAACAAACCAAAGUGCUUUCAAAUCUGGUCCAUACUCCCUUACAAUACCUACAUGAACUAGAAGACAUUUUAUCUAGAUAUGUGUUUGCUACUCCACCUGUUGUCUCACCGUGCAUCAAAAUGCAUGUGUCUCACCCUCCACCCUCCACUUUGAUGAGUGAGCGAUGCCGGGACUUUAUCCUCCAUAAAGAAGUGUCGCCCAAGGCGAGCUGUCUACACAAAAUUUCAACCAAUAGGAUGGUGCAGUUCCCUGAGCUUCGACUAAUUCAGUAUGACUGUGGUAAACUUCAGACUUUAGAUCUCCUAUUGCGGCGACUGAAAUCGGGGGAUCACCGUGUACUUAUUUUUACACAGAUGACAAAGAUGUUGAACAUUCUUGAGUCCUUUCUCAGUUACCAUGGUCAUCGCUACCUCCGAUUGGAUGGAACAACACGUGUUGAACAGAGACAAUUUCUUAUGGACAGGUUUAAUGCUGACAGACGUAUUUUCUGUUUCAUUUUGUCCACACGUUCAGGUGGAAUUGGUGUGAAUCUGACAGGCGCUGACACUGUGAUAUUUUAUGACAGCGACUGGAAUCCAACUAUGGAUGCUCAGGCUCAGGACCGAUGCCAUCGCAUUGGACAGACGCGCGACGUCCACAUCUACAGACUGAUCAGUAAAAAGACAGUAGAAGAAAACAUCUUGAAGAAAGCCAACCAAAAACGCAUGCUGGGGGAUAUGGCUAUCGAAGGAGGCAAUUUCACCACUGCCUUCUUUAAGGAGAACACCAUCCAGGAGCUCUUCUCUGAGCCGUCGGGGCUGGAUUCCCUGGUGGAACAGCCUAAAGUGACUGAAAUAAAGACUACAAAGCCUUUGGGGGGUGAGGUCAAGGACACGAAAUCCCUUGGAGGUGGAGAUGAGAAACAAGCAGCAACAUCUUCAGAUAAGAGCAUAGUAGCUCAGUUUGAACAGGCACUGGGAAAGGCUGAAGAUGAGACUGAUGUAGUGGCUGCCAAUCUUGUCAAGGCAGAACAGAAGGCAGAGCUUGCCGAGUUUGAUGAAAACAUUCCAUGGGAUGAGCGAGAGGCAGAGAAACGAAAAGAGGAGGAAGAAAUGUCCAAGGCAGAGCAAGAACUUGCCAUGUUGGACAAAGAGCUGUCUCCGAUUGAGCGAUUUGCAGUCACAUUUAUGGAAAAUGAAAUGAAACCAGAUGAGGACUUGGAGAUUUCUGUGGAAGAGAUUGCCAACUCUAAGAAGGACUGGGAGUUAGCACGAUUAAAGGCACUGAAGGAGGAUGAGGAGCGCCGCCUUGAAUUAGAGGAAGAUGAAAUGCUGUACACAUACCUUCGAGACGACUCCUACAACCAGGUUUUCAUCUCCGAUACAGAUCAAGAACAUAUGCCGAUAUGGGCACCACCUACACCCCCUCAUGACGACAAUGACAUCUACAUGGACCAGACCAUGUGCUUUCUUUAUGAGCCAGCGGUUAUGCCCGAGUCACAGCUGCCGCCUAUAUACAUCAAGAAAGAGCACAAGAAACCUAAGGUUGAGUCUAUCACAACCCGUAAGCAGAAACAACGUAAGGAGGAACAGCCAAGGGUGCCCCGCUCGUUAUUUGAUCGUCCUACAGCAGCGUUGCUCAGGAUGAGACGCGAGGCUAAACUUAAACAGGGUGGUCUGCUGAAACCUUUCCGACCAGUCCCUCCAGUCCUCAACAAACCAGCUGACCAGUCAUCAGACCACCCAGAAUGGCUCAUCCAUGAAGAUUGGGCGCUGCUUCAGGCUGUUCAGAGUCUGUUUGAUGUACCGCUGAACCUGAUGGUUGUGUCUCCGGCCCACCAGCUUAACUGGGACCUGGUAGCUGACAUUGUUAGCAGUGUCAGUCGAGUGUAUCGCUCUGCCAAACAGUGCAGGAACCGCUAUGAGAAUGUCAUCAUUCCACGUGAAGAGGGGCGUAUCCUGUAUGACAUUAAUCCUCGUAAACAGAGCAAGAAAACCAAGGGUAUAUACAAGACCAAGAACAACCGUCCCAUGCGCACCAGUCAGCUGUACGUACAAGAUGGAAACCAGGCAAUCACUAUGCUGCACUCUCUCAGGUUUGAUUCGGCCAAGACACUGGCUGCUAAGCGACCACCCACACUCAAGCAGACACUAGUUAGCCCUACACCAAAGAAUCCUAAACAUGCAGCUGUGCUGUCUGAGAGUGGCAUCACAUACGACCAGCCACUGGACCCAAUGAAUGUUGCCGAAAUUCGUGCUCAAAGGAUCCAACGUGAGAAGAAGCAGAAUCAAGCCGCUGCUGCUGCAACAGCAGAGCAGCAACACCUGGCAGCUCGGACACUUGCCCAGCAACAAGCUGCGGCUACCCAGGCAAGUCCUGCACCUUCUGCCACUGCACAACCCCAGCCUGUCACUGUUACUGCAGCCAUCGCAAUCCCCCAGGGGGCAGCCCCACAAGGGGCAGUCACCCAGCAGUUGCAGCCAAUCCAGACCACUGUUGCAUCUGCUGUCAUGGCAGCUACAGCUGUACCCAAGUCGGGGGUGCCACAGGGUGCAACUUCUGUGUCUCUAGCUCGUAGUGCAGUUGGGGCUACAGGCAACAUAGUAGUCAACACGCCCAGUGGUGUGGCAGCAAACUUUGCCGCCAUCAAUCGUCGAAUGAGUCAGGCUACCAGUAUAGGCCAGGCCUCUACAGUUACGGUAACUGGAACACUGAACCCUGCGAUUCGUGCCCAGCGACCGUUGACAAUCCCCAUACAGGAGAUUACAGCCAUCACAAGCCAGACUGGUCAGGUGACCCACGUAGCAACCACAGGCCAGGUGGCUCGCACACAGAUCCAAACAACAGUGCCAACUCUCACAUCAACCCAGCUGGCUCGUAUCGCUUCCACACAGGGAACAUCUUUGCCUACAGGUACUGUUCAAGCGACGAUGACCAAGGCCUUGACACAGCAACAGCUGAUUGCUCUCACACAAAGACAGCAGCGACAAGCAGCCUUCCAACAGCAGCAGCCACGCAAACUUAACCUAACACCUGAUCAGAUUAAUCAGCAGCGAUUGAAGCAACUCCAACAACAAGGUCGUGGUGUCGGAGCUCAGAAGGUCAUAGCCCAGCAGCUGGUCACUAGUUUGGCACAGGGUCCCAAGCAGAAGAUGGCCACCUCCCUUGCACGCCAGAUCCCACAGGAACUUUUGUUACACCAACAGAAGUUGCCCCAGAAAACACAGGUUCAAGUUGUAGCUCAGGGUCAGGCUGGUACCCAGCUCCAGCAGAUACACAUGGCUACAACACAAGGAGGAGGGAUCCCCACAACCCAGAUUAUCCAGGCUCAGGUCCACCAGGUGGGACAGCCGGCCACUCUGACAACGGCUGUUAAAACUUCGGCUGCUGGAACACCCAUCCAGAUCACACAGCUGCCCCAACAGAAGGCUGGUGUCGCCAAAGCAACGACCAUUAACCAACUCCAGCCAGCACAACUGAAACAGAUGCAGCUUAUAGGCCAGCAAAAACGUCCUCUACAGCAGCCAUCUAAGAUAACGUCCCUGGGUCAGAUGGGGAAACCAGUGCCCCUAAAUGCUGUGCAGAUCAUCCAGCAGCCUUCCACUGGUCAGAAUGUUACCUACCAGUUACAGCAGCUGGUGAAGCGAAACCCUGGCAGCGGCAUGAUCAUCACAUCACAGCCCACCAUCAUCGCCACGGUGACACAGGGUCAGCCGGGUCAACUAGUACAUAAGGUGCUCAGUACGUCUGCCACUCAGUCUAGUCACCUUCAGACAAUAACAGCUGCGUCUCACCAUCCGGUCACGCAUGCAACAAUAGUGACUGGCACACCACAGAUGUCUGUUGCUACUCUAAGUCUGGCAACUGCAUCGUCACAAGCAACAAAACCUACUGUGGUAUCUACAUUGUCAACAGACCCUCGACAGGCAGUUCAGGUGCAUUCAGUCGCUCCACAACAGGCCAAGAUUGCGACCAUCUCCCAGUCGACCGCCACCUCCCAGACCAUACAGCAGAUCCAGGUCACGCCAGCUACACUUCAACAGGUGCACACCACUGUAGCUGCACCUGCCGUUCCACAGCCACUCACCGUGACUGUGGCGCCCUCAAGCCAAUCACCCGCCCUCACAGCAACCAUACUGCAGACAAUACCGGCCCCUGUUCAGCAGGAGUCACCGUCUGUUCCACAAGCUACAACACAGAUCCAGGUGACGACCAUUCCACAGUCGUCAGCUAAUGUCGCGCCACAGCAGACUCUGCUCCCAGUUGGGGCAGUUACAGCACAGGCUGCAGCGGCAGCUGUCCAGGCCCUGCCGCAGGGAACUGCUCAGGGCAUUGUUAAUGUUACACAGUCGCCACAGCAACAGGCUGCCGCAGCCGCCGCUGCUGCUGCAGCUGGAUCGAAAGGACCGUACGCAAUGAGAACUAGAAACCCUCCCAAACAUUAACUUGGGUCGGAACUUAGGCCGGCUGCUUCUAAAGGACCGUACGCAAUGAGAACUAGAAACCCUCCCAAACAUUAACUUGGGUCGGAACUUAGGCCGGCUGGAUCUAAAGGACCGUACGCAAUGAGAACUAGAAACCCUCCCAAACAUAAACUUAGGCCGGAACUUAGGCCGGCUGGAUCUAAAGGACCGUUCGUAACGAGAACUAGAAACCCUCUCAAACAUUAACUUAGGUCAGCUGGAUCUAAAGGACCGUACGCAAUGAGAACUAAAAAUCCUCCCAAAUAUUAACUUAGGCCGAGCCUUUUGGGUACAGAAAAACUCUUCAUCAGUGGUUGCUGAACAUUAUCUAUUUUGCCCUUUACUGGACAUGAGGCAUUCAGUUGCUUUCAAGACUCGUUAUAAAAGAUGGCUCAAUCCCUUAAUAAAAUAGUGUUUGUGUUAUGUAAACAAAACAAAAACAAUCCAAGAGAGUUCGACUGAGA